GGCAGGCGGCGGUCUAGUGGCGCAAUUGCUUCUGCGCCUGCGUGACCUCUACUCUGGAGAGAAUGAAGCUUCAGUCUACCAGAUGAUGAAGCCGGGAGCUGCGAUCAUGUGGAGUCCGUAUCUGUCGCUAGACGAGCCAGGUCUGGGUGUCCAUCCGGUAGGGGAGAAGGAUGGCCGAAACGAUAAUCUUGGACACAGUGCUGCAUCUUCCAAACCUAGACAAGCAGAAGAGGAUAGCAGCUAUAGUACAGUGGCUGAAAAUUCUUCAUCGGCUACUAACUUCUCUAUUGAUGCUGGCGGAUUGCUCCGACGAAGGAGGCCGGCAGGCAAAGCGAGAGUCUUUAGCGAUGAAGAUGCUCACGAAAAUAACGGACAGAACGAAGCAGGGAAAGAAUCAUCUGAAGCUGCAAGUGCAACAUCAGAUAUAAUUAGUGGUAAAAGCCGCCUUCCGCGUAGUGUCGAUUCUGUGACGACUGACAUCAUCACACCUGCUGCCAUCACCAUCAUAGGUGACCUCGUGGCUCGCACUGAUUGUCAAAAUGCAGCUGGUCGUGAACGAAUGAAUGACAUCAAAGAAUCUAACCGUCAAAAUCGACAGACCAGUACUAAUGGAUGUCGUACAAGUGGACAGACUACUAGCACAACUAGUGGUUGUGGUGGUCGCAGGGGUUCUGGUAAGCAAUUGAGCCGCUCAGUGCUCCGCGACCCACGUCUUUCACCGAUGUUUGCCGACUUCGCCGGAGUCGACGUGCCAGUUAUCAUCCAACUAGCUACGGCAGAGGUCCUGCGGGAUGACAUUAUUGCCUUCGCUUACAAACUAUGCGAAGACUACAACCGAGCCGCAUCUAGCAAUUGUUCUACGUUUUCAGGCUGUUCUUGUUGUACUAGUGGUAGUACUAGCUGUUCAGAAUCUUUAGAUGAUCCUCAACUAGUACCUCAAGAACAAGUAGGGCAAGGUUCCUCUACCGACAAAGAAUCUUCUGCGCCAGUGUGUUUGGAGAUAGCAGACGGACUAGUACAUGCUUAUCAGGUUUGGUAUGCUGCCGCAGCGCAUCCAACGAGUCGCAUGUCGUGGCGUCAGGCUGCGCAAUUUGUACGUAAAUCAAUGAGAAAAUGUUGA